UAGCAACAACAUCCAGCAGUUAAAAAAGUUAAUGAUGAACCCCGAGAGAUAUGAGAAGUUAGCCGCUAAGUUUCCCCACAAGAUCAGUGGAGAACAUUUGUUUAGGGGUGCCAUGGUGCAUGGUGGAAUGUUGAAGGAAGGAACUCCAGAAGCCGAGGCUUAUGAUAACAUUGACCUUACUGCUGACGACUGCAUUAUAGCCUCUUAUGCUAAAUCAGGCACAACCUGGACACAGGAGAUUGUUUGGUUGCUCUACAAUCAAGUAAACACAGACAAAGCAAAGAAAAUCGAAUUGAUGAAUCGCUGCCCUUUUAUCGAGGUCGCUUCAAGAAUAGCUGUCAUCAAAGCUUUGGAAAAACCAAAACUAACCAAGACCCACGUACCUUAUAAUGCCUUACCUAAAAGUUACCAUAAUCCUGAGUCGACAAGGCCUAAGGUUGUGUAUGUUGCACGUAACCCAAAAGAUGUCGCUGUCUCUUUUUAUCAUUUUUAUCGGUCCAAUAAAAGCUUGGGGAACUUCAAUAGAGGAUGGGAGGAGUUUUUCGAAAUGUUUGUCGAAGGAUAUGUCGGGGGAGGAAGCUGGUUUGAUCACAUCAUUCCCUGGUACAAGGCCUCUGUGCAAAAUCCUGAUGUGCUUUUCAUGAAAUAUGAGGAUAUGAAACGUAAUCCCAUCGAAGAAAUACAGAAAAUAGCCACAUUUUUAGGCAAGGAUGUUAAUGAUGAAAUGCUGGAAAAGAUACAUCAACAUACAAAGUUUGACAGCAUGAAGUCCAACCCAAUGGUGAACUUUACAAAUAUCUCUGUCAUAGACCACUCAGUAUCACCAUUCAUGCGUAAAGGAGAAAUAGGAGAUUGGAAAAAUUAUUUCACUGUUUCUCAAGAUGAGAGAUUUAUGAAAAUGUACAAUGAUAAGAUGGGACAGAUUGAUUUUGAUUUGACAUUUGAUUUUGAAUGAGUUAAGGACCACUAUCUUUUAAAAGGGAUCAAUCUAAACCCUUUUGAUGUAAUAAACAAUAAUGAUUUAUAAGUCUGUACCUAAAAACUCCAAUCUGAUUGGUCAGUUAGAUGUACACUGUAUACAAUUUGUUUAGAUAGUAGUUACUUGUACUUUAGUCUUAAAUUUCCCGUUCUUUGUCUAGAUUUCACACUUCCACAGGCUUUAGUUUUAUUUAUUAUCAGACUAUCAGAUUAUUGUAUUCAUACUGUAACUGUACAGUUACAGUACUUAUUUUCUAAAAGCAGAUUUUUCAGCCAUUAAAAUGAUUGUUGACCUCACUUACUUCUUGAAUUCUUUUUUACUUACUUUUUUACAGUAUUUUGCCAAGUCAGUUGAUGAUGAAGUCAACUGUUGUAUAUUGUUCACCUGAAUUAUAAAAAUUAUUAAAAGUAAAUGUACACAGUUAAAGUUGAUACCUUAUGUAUUGUAUCUAUGUUCAUCCCUUACAUUAUUAACCACAAAUAGUAAUAAUUGUACCGCACAUACAUUUUUAACACCAAAUAUUGAAUCAUUUAUAAAUAUAUUUAAAACCAAGAGUAUUGUUAAAAAAU